AACAAAAAGAGUUGACUUUUCAAUUCUCUCUCCAGUAGCUGCUGGCUGUAGCUCCACACUCGCACAACCACAUGUAUACCUGAAAAAGCGAAACAAGAAACCUCUCAAUCUUUUCCACAAAUGACGGAACCGCCACCAGGUAUCGACAACGGAGGCGUUCCCCUUUCGCUUACGUCAACCUCAGCGGAGGUUACCGCCGCCGCCGGAUCGAAACGGUCCAGGAGACCGAGCGUUCGAUUAGGCGAAAUCGGCGGCGAGCAUCACCACCUCGAUUCCCAGGGGAGGAAACCCAAGUGGAACAAGAAAGAUACGAUCAAACCGUCGACGAAGACUCGGGCUUUAACGAAUUUGAGUUCUGGGUACGAGAAUCUCGGAGCCCUCGAUGAUGACGAGAGAGUGGGAAAUGUGGAUCCUUUCGGUGGCGGGAGCUGGCGGGUCAAGAAACGGGUCGGGUCAGCGGCGAAGCGGGUACGAUCCAAUUGGGUAUCGAGAAAUGGCGACGAAUCAGGAGGUGAGUUUAGGGAUUUCAGUAGAGAAGACUCGGAGAGUCCAUUAAAAGAAGAGUCUUUAGUUAGAGAUGGCAAUAGUAGUGGGAACAGGGAGUUUGAGUUGUCUAUGGAGGGAGGAGGAGGAGGAAGAGAAGGGGUGAAGAUUUGGUUGGAAGAGUUAGGGUUAGGGAGAUAUUGGCCAAUGUUUGAGAUACAUGAGGUUGAUGAUGAGGUUUUGCCCUUGUUGACGUUGGAUGAUUUGAAAGAUAUGGGGAUUAACGCUGUUGGGUCUAGGAGGAAGAUGUUUUCUGCCAUCCAGAAGCUUGGUAGAGACUUCUCAUGAUUGAUGGGGAGAGAGAGAGGAAAAUGGUUGUUGUUUAGGUUGGUGAGGUAGUCAAGUCAGCCAUGGCAAUGUAAGCUUGCAAUGUCUGAAACCAUGAAUGGAGGUAGAAGUGGCAAAAAGAAGAAGAGUUUGAAGAAAAUAUUUGAUUCCGGUAAGGUCACCUACUUUGCUUAUAACCUGUCAUACAUCAUAUGCAAAGAAUGUUUAUUAGAGUUUGGAUCUAUAACACAUCAACCUCUGGGGCUUGGAAUGCAAGAUGUUUACCUCUAAGGCUUUAAUAAGAUCUGGUUUCGAAUGAGAUGCGGAUAUGCAAAUACGAGCCCUUCCUAGCAUUAGAGGUGUAGCCGGGAAACCGACCACGGCGAUUGCAACCUGUUCAUAGGCUUUCAUAUUUUCUUAAUAGUUUGCUCUCUCUCUUAUAUAUGUGGAAGCAAAAAAAUAAUAAGAAACUUACAUUUUCUCGCAAGCAUUCCCUAGAGAAGGCUGGGAUUUUAGCUGGAUUGUAAAGCAUUAUUGGCAUGACUGGAGAAUCCUCGUCUCCAAGUAC